AUGGGAUCGUCUACUUCAAAAGCAGCCAAAACAGCUGCCGGCGCCGCUAGACGUCAAUAUCCCCAGCGCGUCUCACCUCCGCCAACGUCCAACGCCCCCUCCGCACCCCCUCCUCCAGCAGGCCAACCUACAGCUCCAGGUCCAACUGUACAUCCUCGAUCACAGGCCAGCAACACACGUGAUGAAUCCAUCAACCUCGAUGCCUCUGACCCAGACUUUGCACGAUCCCUCCGUUCUCUCGGCCCAGUCCAGCCCAGCUCAACUCUCUCGAACUCAUCAACCUUCAGUCCCUCACCAUCUCCCCCAUCUCAAGGCCCUAGAAGCUCCCCAAACCAGUCACAUCCACAAAUCUUCCCCGACCCUAGCAAGAAUCCUGCCCUGAUGGUAUUGACCGCGCGAGAGCGUCUACAGCAGCAGGCGGAGGUCGAAUUUGCGAAGACGGGGAGGGGCCAUGGAGGGAAAAGCUUCCUGGAUGUUUCUACGAUACGGCAGCUACUUGUACUAAGAGAUGAAAGGGGGAUGGGUGGAGAAGAGAUUGAGAAGAGGUUGGGGCUGGCAAAUGGUGUGGUGGGGAGACUGGGACCGAGGGGUGUCGUUGGAGACGUGAGAAUCGGGAAAGUUGACAAAGAUGACGCUGGAAUAUAUGGAUGA